AUGUACAAGAGCGAAGGUCGCACUUGGCCUAUACAACUUGGGUUUCACGCUCAUGAAUCUAUGGUACAGGAGUCAGGACUACUAGUCUCUGAUUGUUUGAGGAACAAGCGACAUUUCAACACUUUCCGUUCCGACCUUGGCUUUUUCCUACACCUCGAAGAUCUCAUCGAGAAGGUCAAAUCAGGAGUCUCUCCUACUGAGUUACUAAAACCAGAAGUGGAAUAUGAAUCAAUGCUAAAGACUGAGCUGGAAUGCCCCAAGACCAAGACUCGAUUCCGUACCAUGCCCAAUCUCAAGGCCCACUUACUUAAACAAUGGCAAGAUACAGGCAACACGCUCUGA